AUGGCCAACCUCACCAUGGUGGACAUGAGCGCGGAGAACGGCACGUCGCCGCCACCGGACAACCACACGACCCUGGGGCUCUGGACCGACUACACGGUCGAGUACAAAGUGGCCAGCGUGUUCUUGGUGACCCUCAUCUGCGGACUGGGCAUCGUGGGCAACGUGAUGGUCAUCCUGGUGGUCCUGACCACCAAGCACAUGCGCACCCCCACCAACUGUUACCUGGUGAGUCUGGCCGUGGCCGACCUGAUGGUGCUGACCGCCGCCGGGCUGCCCAACAUCACCGACGCCCUGCACGGCCAGUGGGUGUACGGGUACGCGGGCUGCCUGGGCAUCACCUACUUCCAGUACCUGGGCAUCAACGCGUCCUCGUGCUCCAUCACCGCCUUCACCGUGGAGCGCUACAUCGCCAUCUGCCACCCCAUCAGGGCGCAGUUCCUGUGCACGCUGUCCCGCGCCAAGAGGAUCAUCCUGCUGGUGUGGACGCUCACCUCCGCCUACUGCGUCAUGUGGCUCUUUCUGGCCGACACCAAGGAGUUGGCGUACGACAACGUGGUGCUGCUCAGCUGCGCCUACAAGGUGUCCCGGAGCUACUACCUGCCCGUGUACUUCACGGACUUCGCGGCGUUCUACGUGCUGCCCCUCAUGCUCGCCACGGUGCUGUACGGGCUGAUCGCCCGGAUACUGUUCGUCAACCCGCUGCCCGCGGACCCCGCGGGGGGCACCAAGAAGUGGCAGAAGGACACGAGCCAGGGCGGGAGGAUGACCGGCAGCUGCUCCUCCAGCAGCACCACGGCUGCGUCCCGCAGACAGGUGACGAAGAUGCUGGCCGUGGUGGUGGUCCUCUUCGCCUUGCUUUGGAUGCCCUACCGCACCUUAGUGGUGGUCAACUCCUUCCUGGACAAGGCCUACCUAGACACCUGGUUCCUGCUCUUCUGCCGUCUGUGCAUCUACCUCAACAGCGCCAUCAACCCGGUCAUCUACAACGCCAUGUCCCAGAAGUUCCGCGCCGCCUUUAAGAAGUUGUGUCACUACGGCCCUCAGCACACAGAGAAGCCGGCGUCUUACACCGUGGCUCUGACCUACAGCGUCAUCAAGGAGACGUCCAACGGGGAAAGUCCCGACCACUUCACCACAGACAUGGACGAGGAGCUGAACACGCCCACGGAUCGCUACUUACCCGCCGGCCUCCUGCCGAGUGCCAAGGAGAUGCCGUUCGCUGAGCCUUCUCCAUCAGGGAGCGACGUCAAAGCCUGA